UUCUUGUUCCAGCUCUAGUUUCCCAUGUAUUAUUUUGAUUUCUUACGUUCCGUUCCAACUAUUAUUAUUUUCGUUUCGUGUCAGUUUUUGGCUGAUUUCUAAAUUGAAAACCCGGCACAAACCCAUUAGGCCUCCAAAUUCCCAGUGUGUCCAGCCGAACCGGUGUAGUGUCGCCACGGAAACGAGUGGAGCAGCCACAACAAUCGGGCCCUUGUGUGUGUAACGUGACGAAAUCAAAUCGGGAGAUAGCGCAGUUCCAGUGGUGGGUUCGAGUUCGAGUACCCGAGUAUUAGAGUACUAGAGUACUAGAGUGCCAGAGAAUUAGAGCACCACAGUCCCAGUACCAGACACCACACAUACUCAGUGCCCAGCGAGCAGUUCCGGCGAACAGACCCAUCCGCAGAUCCCAUCCCCCACAGAGAGCCAUCCCGUCCGCAAGCCCGAUCAUGUCCAGCGACGCCAAUACGCCCGUACUGCGCAACUGCAUCCGCCUGCCGCUGCCGGAGGACGAGCUGCUGGAGGUGACCGCCAAGGCCAAGGACUAUGCUAUCAUGCACGGCGCCGCCAUGCGCUCGAAGACCGCCUUCAGCCCGGACUCCCUCAAUUUCGCCCCCUUUGUGCUGGUGCCCUCCUCGUUUCCGCGUAAGGAGUUCGAGAAGGCGGUGGCCCUGCAGCCGAUCAUCAACCGGCUGAUGCACAAUGUGGCCCACGACGAGGAGUUCAUCACCACGACGCUGGCGGAGACGAUCAAGGUGGACGAGUUCACGGCCAAUCUGUUCAACAUCUACCGCAAGGUGCUGGCGCACGGGUUCACCCAGAAAAUAUCGCUGGGGAUGCUGCGCAGCGACUUGAUGCUGGAGUCCGGCUGUCCGGAGUUGUCGCCACGGGCACUGCGGCCGGCGGCAGGCGAGGAUCGAGGCCAGGAUGCGGCUGCUGUGGGGAGAGGAGGAGCCGGAACUGCUGCUGCUACUGCUACUGCUGCUGCUGCGGGCACUAGCGGCAAGGAGAAGCAGGAGGUGGAGGAGGAGGAGAAGCGGGCGAAUCGGAAGGAGGAGCACAGGGAGAUUCAGCUGAGCCGGGCCACCAAAGAGCGGGAACGGAGGGCGGCCGGCAUUCAUUCCGCGUACUGCUGCUGGAAACAAGUCGAGAUCAAUACGAUAGCUUCGGGCUUUGGCCAUUUGGGACCAGCAAGUAAAACCAUACAAAGAUUUGUACUUAGCGAACUGGGACAUGCGGAUAAGUUGCAUAAUAUGCCCAAUAACAAGGCGCUGUCUGGACUGUGCGAUGGCAUGGUCAAGGCCUGGGACAUCUAUGCCAAGCCGAAGGCAGUGAUCCUGUUCAUCAUCGAGGAUGUGUCGUACAACAUCUGCGACCAGCGCUUCCACGAGUUCUACAUCCGCGAGACGUACCCGCACAUCAAGGUGCUGCGUCGCACCCUCACCGAGGUGCAUCGCGAGGGCAAACUGGGCCUGGGAAAGGAGUUGCUGCUGGGAAACCAGGAGGUGGCCGUGAUCUAUUUCCGUGCCGGCUACGAGCCCGGACACUAUCACUCGCAGGCGGAGUGGGAUGCCCGCUAUCUGAUGGAGACAUCGCUGGCCAUCAAGUGCCCCUCGAUCCAUUACCAUCUGGCGGGCACCAAGAAGGUGCAGCAGGCCCUGGCCCAGCCGGCGGUCCUCGAGCGCUUCAUCAACGAUCCGGAGGAGAUCAAGGCGGUGGGCAAGAUCUUCACGGGCCUCUAUUCCCUGGACGACAACGAGGCGGGCAAUGCCAGCUACGAGAUGGCGCUCCGCACUCCGGAGAGAUUCGUGCUGAAGCCCCAGCGCGAAGGAGGUGGCAAUAAUGUGUACGGCGUGGACAUACCCGACGCUCUUAAGCGAAUGUCGCGCGUGGAGCGGUCCGCCUGGAUCCUGAUGGACCUGAUCCAUCCGCCGCUGACCAAGGGCUAUAUGGUGCGGCCCGGUGGCGAUAUGCCGCCCCAGAUCGUGGACAUGGUCUCCGAGCUGGGCAUCUUUGGUGUGGUGAUCGGGGACGCCGAGCACAUUGUGCACAACUACCAGGCGGGGCACAUGCUGCGCACCAAGCUCUCGACCGCCAACGAAGGAGGCGUGGCGGCCGGAUUGGGUGCUUUGGACAGUCCCUAUCUGAUUGAUAGCGAUGACGACGACGAGGAGAACUAGGUAUCCUUUGGGACAAGGGUCUGUAAGCCGGCAUUCCACCUGUUGCCUCAGUCUUGUAUAAAUGAUUAUUUUUGUAAAGCGUGUUGUACAUUUUUCACUAAUUCCCCCACACCCAAAUUGCAAUAAACAAAACGUUAAGUUAGAAA